GAGGGAUCGCCCCCCCCGCCGCCCGGGAGAAACAUGGCGGCGCCGCCGCCUCCUCCCCCUCCCGGAAUCCCGGGCCGGACCCGCCGCCGCCAGGGGGGAAAUGCAGGCUACCCAGUUAUGAGACUCAGUGAGAACUGAGCUGCUGCUGGUGCAUACGGUAUGGGAACAGCAAACUUCAUUGUCCUGGCAGGCCGCCUGGAUUGAUAACUGUCACCCCUCCUCCAGCAAGCUUUGAAAUUGCACAGAGUACUGGAAAUACUAAUCCUCUCGGAAGCAGUUGACUGUGGCAGGAUGUGUGGAUGAUGAUGAUGGCAAGAAAGCAAGAUGUUCGCAUUCCCACCUACAACAUUAGUGUGGUGGGAUUGUCCGGGACGGAGAAGGAGAAGGGGCAGUGUGGCAUUGGGAAGUCUUGCCUCUGCAAUCGGUUUGUGCGGCCUAGUGCAGAUGACUUUCAUUUGGACCACACUUCAGUUCUCAGCACCAGUGACUUUGGAGGAAGGGUUGUCAAUAAUGAUCACUUUCUGUACUGGGGGGAAGUUGUGCGUCCCCUGGAGGAUUGCGUGGACUGUAAAAUGCAUAUUGUGGAACAGACUGAAUUUAUUGAUGACCAGACUUUUCAGCCACAUCGUAGCACGGCCCUGCAGCCCUAUAUCAAAAGGGCGGCUGCAACCAAACUUGCAUCAGCUGAAAAGCUCAUGUACUUUUGCACUGAUCAGCUAGGGCUGGAACAGGACUUUGAACAAAAACAAAUGCCAGAUGGAAAGCUACUGAUUGAUGGUUUUCUUCUCUGCAUCGAUGUUAGUAGAGGUAUGAACAGGAACUUUGAUGAUCAACUUAAGUUUAUUUCAAAUCUUUACAAUCAACUAACAAAAACAAAAAAGCCCAUUGUGGUGGUCCUGACGAAGUGUGAUGAAGGAGUGGAGCGGUACAUUAGAGAUGCACAUACUUUUGCCUUAAGCAAAAAGAACCUCCAGGUUGUGGAGACAUCUGCUAGAUCCAAUGUGAACGUUGACCUGGCUUUCAGCACUUUAGUGCAGCUAAUUGAUAAAAGUAGGGGGAAGACUAAAAUUAUCCCCUACUUUGAAGCUUUGAAACAGCAGAGCCAACAGAUAGCUGCUUCAAAAGAUAAGUAUGAAUGGUUGGUUAGCCGCAUUGUCAAAAACCAUAAUGAAACAUGGUCAAAUGUCAGCCGAAAGAUGCAGUCCUCUCCAGAAUAUCUGGACUACGUGUAUUUGGAAGGAACACAGAAAGCCAAGAAGCUGUUCCUACAACAUAUCCAUCGCCUCAAGCAGGAGCAUAUAGAGCGCAGAAGAAAGAUGUAUCUUGCUGCUCUUCCUCUAGCAUUUGAUGCUCUUAUUCCUAAUCUGGAUGAAAUAGAUCAUCUGAGCUGCAUAAAAGUAGAGAAGUUAUUGGAGACUAAGCCAGAUUUCUUAAAAUGGUUUGUUGUUCUUGAUGAGACCCCUUGGGAUGCUACUAGCCAUAUAGACAACAUGGAAAAUGAAUGCAUUCCUUUUGACCUGAUGGAGACUCUCCCUGCAGAGCAGCUUUAUGAAGCUCACUUAGAAAAGCUGAGAAAUGAGAAGAAAAGAGCAGAAAUGAGAAGGGCUUUCAAAGAAAAUCUGGAGACUUCCCCUUUCAUAACACCUGGAAAACCAUGGGAAGAGGCUCGUAGUUUUAUUAUGAAUGAGGAAUUUUACAUAUGGCUGGAGGAAGCUGUCUAUGUGGAUAUCUACUGCAAACACCAAAAACAGAUUAUAGAAAAGGCAAAGGAGGAGUUUCAGGAACUGCUUCUGGAAUAUUCAGAAUUGUUUUAUGAGCUGGAACUUGAUGCUAAACCUAGCAAAGAGAAAAUGGGUGUCAUUCAAGAGGUUUUAGGCGAAGAGCAAAGAUUUAAAGCUUUACAAAAGCUGCAAGCUGAACGAGACGCCCUUAUUUUGAAGCACAUCCAUUUUGUGUAUCACCCAACUAAGGAAACUUGUCCUAGCUGCCCAGUUUGUGUAGACUCUAAAAUCGAGCACUUGAUCAGUUCCAGGUUUAUAAGACAAUCUGAGCGCAAUCAGAAAAACUUGCUUUCCGAUUCCAAUAUAGAUAGGAUCAAUCUAGUUAUUCUUGGCAAAGAUGGCCUUGCACGUGAACUGGCAAAUGAGAUUCGAGCUCUGUGUACAAAUGAUGACAAGUAUGUGAUAGAUGGUAAAAUGUAUGAACUUUCCUUGAGACCAAUUGAGGGUAAUGUCCGACUUCCUGUUAAUUCUUUUCAGACACCAACAUUUCAGCCACACGGUUGUCUCUGCCUUUAUAAUUCAAAGGAAUCUCUAUCUUACGUUGUAGAAAGCAUUGAAAAGAGUAGAGAGUCCACCCUUGGCAGAAGGGACAAUCACUUGGUUCAUCUUCCUCUGACACUAAUACUGGUUAACAAGAGAGGGGAUACCAGUGGAGAAACUCUGCAUAGCUUAAUACAACAAGGUCAACAGAUUGCCAGUAAACUACAGUGUGUCUUUCUUGACCCCGCUUCUGCUGGAAUUGGAUAUGGACGUAACAUUAAUGAAAAGCAAAUCAGUCAAGUUUUGAAAGGAUUACUGGACUCGAAGCGUAACUUAAAUCUUGUAAGUUCUACAUCUAGCAUCAAAGAUUUAGCAGAUGUUGACCUUCGAAUUGUUAUGUGUUUGUUGUGUGGAGAUCCCUUUAAUACAGAUGACAUCCUUCUACCUAUCCUUCAGUCCCAAACCUGCAGACCUUCCCAGUGCGGCAGCAGUAACUCAGUUCUACUUGAACUACCAAUAGGACCACACAAAAGACGGAUAGAACUGUCCAUCCUUUCAUACCAUUCCUCAUUCAGCAUUAGGAAAAGCCGGUUAGUCCAUGGGUACAUUGUGGUUUUUUCAGCAAAACGUAAGGCAUCCUUGGCUAUGUUACGUGCCUUUCUUUGUGAAGUGCAGGAUAUUAUCCCCAUUCAAAUUGUGGCACUCACAGAUGGCUCAAUAGACAUUCUAGACAAUGACUUAAGUCGAGAACAGCUGACAGAGGGACAGGAGAUUGCCCAAGAAAUUGAUGGAAAGUUUAUGACAAUACCCUGUAGCCCACCUCAACACAAACUUGAGAUCUUUCACUCAUUCUUUAAAGAUGUGGUGGAGAAAAAAAAUAUAAUUGAAGCCACUCAUAUGUAUGAUAAUGCUGCAGAAGCAUGCAGCACGACGGAAGAAGUGUUUAAUUCACCUCGGGCUGGCUCACCUCAUUGUAAUUCAAACCUUCAGGAUUCAGAAGAAGACACUGAGCCACCAUCGUACAGCCCAUUUAGAGAGGACACAUCCAUGCCCACUUUGCCCAAAGAUCAUUCUAAACUUUCAAUGGAACUGCUGGAGGGGAAUGAUGGUCUGUCUGUCUUUUCUGUUAUGAGCACUUUUGAAAGCAAGCUGAACAACAAAGUACCUCCUCCAGUGAAACCAAAGCCCCCUGUACACUUUGACAUUACAAAGGGGGAUCUGUCUUAUUUGGAACAAGGGCAUAGAGAUGGACAGAGGAAGUCUAUGUCAUCUAGUAGUUGGCUGCCUACGGAUAGUUUUGACCCUUCUGAUUAUGCAGAACCUAUGGAUGCUGUGGUCAAACCAAGGAAUGAGGAGGAAAAUAUAUACUCUGUGCCUCAUGACAGCACCCAAGGCAAAAUCAUCACCAUUCGUAAUAUUAACAAAACUCAGUCUAAUGGCAGUGGUAAUGGUUCAGACAGUGAAAUGGACACAAGCUCUCUGGAACGUGGUCGAAAGGUGUCUAUUGUUAGUAAACCUGUGUUGUAUCGGACAAGAUGUGCAAGACUUGGGAGAUUUGCCAGUUACAGAACCAGUUUCAGUGUAGGAAGCGAUGAUGAGUUGGGGCCCAUUAGGAAGAAAGAAGACGACCAGACAUCCCAAGGAUAUAAGGGGGAUAAUGCUGUUAUUCCGUAUGAAAGUGCAGAUGGAGAAGAUCCAAGGAGAAGGAACAUUUUACGAAGCUUGAGAAGGACAACAAAGUCAGCAAGCAGCAAAAGACCAGAAGUCCGAAGCGCAGACAAUGUGAUGUGUAUUCAGAAACCAAAGCCAAAGCCUCGGCCGUCCAUCACAAAGACUCCGUGGGAAAGUAAUUAUUUUGGGGUGCCUUUGUCCACUGUAGUGACUCCAGAAAAGCCUAUUCCCAUCUUUAUCGAGCGAUGUAUUGAAUACAUUGAAGCAACAGGGUUGAGUACUGAAGGCAUCUAUCGUGUGAGUGGAAACAAGUCUGAAAUGGAGAGUCUGCAGAGACAGUUUGAUCAAGAUCACAAUCUAGACCUGGCAGAGAAGGACUUUACAGUGAAUACUGUGGCUGGUGCCAUGAAAAGCUUCUUCUCAGAAUUGCCCGAUCCCCUGGUACCGUACAAUAUGCAGAUUGAACUGGUGGAGGCCCACAAAAUUAAUGACCGAGAGCAGAAGCUGCAUGCGCUCAAAGAGGUGCUGAAGAAAUUUCCCAAGGAGAACUAUGAGGUCUUCAAAUAUGUCAUCUCUCAUUUGAAUAAGGUCAGUCAAAACAACAGAGUGAAUCUGAUGACGAGCGAGAACCUCUCCAUCUGCUUCUGGCCCACCUUGAUGAGACCUGACUUCAGCACUAUGGACGCUCUCACUGCAACGCGCACCUAUCAGACAAUCAUUGAACUCUUCAUCCAGCAGUGCCCCUUCUUUUUCUACAAUCGACCAAUUAUCGAGCCCCCCAGUGCUACACCCAGUUCUCCGUCAGCAGUUCCUGCCAGCACACCUUUCUUACCCAGCACACCUGUGAUGACUCAGCCGUCCCCACCACAGACACCUCCUCCAUCACCACAGUCUCCUCUCCAGCCUCUUCUCCCAUCCCAGCUUCAAGCGGAGCAGCACACACUGUGAACUGGCGUGGGAGAAAGGAGGUUUGGUCUUUUCUCACACAGCGUGGAGAUUGGAAAGAAAACCCAGGGUUCUGCUGUCCCCCUCUCUCUACCAUCCUGUUGCAAGCUUCAGCUGUGUUGGCAGUCUGAGAAAGCAGAAACAAGUUGGGGCAUCAGGUGCAAAUUUUGAGCGUUCCAGACUGGUGCCUGGGGCUGGGUUGAAGAGGACAUUGGACCUUUCUCUUGUUUGUAGGGGUGGGAAUGGGGGCACUUUCGAGUACUGAAUCUGUUCAGGUGUGAUUGGUUCUGAUCCAAGCCAACCUACGUUCAUGACAACACUACCGAAUUCAGUCUAGGGCUCUGAGAUCUAUUACUUCUGUCCACUUGGCUGCUUGUACAGAACAUGUCCUUUUACUGACUCUUCGCAACACCCUCAGCUGUGCACCAGAAAGAUUGUGCCAGAGUGCAGAGCCACAAACACCCAAACACGUUCCGCAGGACAUGGUUGAGCCUCAUGCAACACUUUAAAAAAAAAAAAAAAGAAAAGACUCUAAUCAUGGGGAUCAUAACUCAGAGCAAUCUCACUGCUAGCAGAUCAGCGUAGCUACUCCGAAAGCUGCAUCACCACAGGUCUGGACCCAGGAUCUCUCUAACAAGUACAGCUUUGUGUGUGGACAAAGCUAGAAUGUAACUUUCUCUGACUUAACUGAUGACCAGGGUGGGAAGUGAGAGGAAUCUCCCUUCAGAACAAAGGGACACUGGAAAACUAACAUGUUCCCACCAUCCACUGGUUUUAAUCAAGAGAUGAGAGACGUGGCACAGACGAUGGCCCCUUUUCCUUGGAAGCAGAACUACUCUGCAACAGGGUCCUUAGGAGAGUUCAGGCUUGUUUGGCUUAGCCAUGCCUUUUCCUUGACAAAUCACAACAUAUCUCUCACCCUGGUAGAAUUUGGCAUUAGCACUUACAGGAUGAGAGGUUUGGAAACACAGUAGAUGUUUACUAUCAGACAAGCUGGAUUUUGAUUCCUUUAAAACACUAUUGUUACUGAAACACUUUUGUUAAACUGAGUAUGGGGAGGGUGGGGGGCAGGUGGUGGGACUAGAACCCUUUUUUCUUUUGUUGGUGGAAAGGUUUUUCAGUCCAGCACUUAUUGUGCAAUGAGGUUGUGAGGGAAGCCUGUGUCUGCAGUGUGUUACAGGGCUCUGAAGGCGCGGACAGUAUUGCAGCUAACUUGUCCAUGGCAGGGACUGCAGUAGUAAGACACUUCUAGCAGCCAUCAGUUGGGUGGCGGCUGAAGCCUCUGUAAAUCUUGAGGACAUUCUGGCUUUGUGGGUAAGAUUCGGUGCAAGUAUCCCCGCUAAACGGGAGGGUGGAGUAUGUUACUGGUGUCCCCUCAAGGCUCUGAUUUUGUUUGCUUAAAAAAAAUUGUAGCCAGCCUGAUGGCAUUGUGAGAGAGGGACUCACCUUCCAGGCCCUCAUUGUAUCUCCAGCUAGUAGCAGUUAGGUGACACACUUGGGCUUUUUGACAAAGGGUAGCGGCUGUUCAUUGCAUUCUCACCUGCUGCUGGUUGAUGCCACAAAAUUAGCAAGAAAGGUAGGGAGUGAAUGUUGAAGGGGAGUGGGUGCAAAAAAGGCUGUGCAUUAGUAAAAAGGAUGGUAGGUUCUCAAGGCUCCAUUUUGGACCAGCCUUCAGGAUCCAUACUUGGAUUCCUGGUAUGGUGCCACCACAGAAAAGCGUGUGCAGGUUUAACUAGUGCUACAUGACAUGCAAAGUGCUAAUUAGGCACCUGAACUGCUGUACCUGCUGUCCUCUCCCUCACCUCCAUUUGCAUGUGCUUUGUGUGUGUGUCAUCCAGUCCCGCCCACAGCCCUGCCGUCCUUUCCCUGGCCCCUCUAGAUUGUCAUGUGUGGAUGUCACCUUCCUCCUCCUCUCUCCCCAAACGUAAGCUGCUGUGUGUGCGAAUCACCUCUUAAACCUGUGUUUUCUCCCCAUCUCCUCUCUGUGUGGCCUCCCUAUCCUCACUAACAUAGGGCAGUUUUUAACUGGAGUUUCUAUGGUACCAAUGGGAGAAAUCCCUACAAAGACCCUCCUGUGUCUCCUCGCACUUUAAUAUGGGAUCUGUGGUUUAUCGCUAUUUUUUAUCUUUCAAGGAUGUUUGAGUCCCUAUAUCUAGGCAGUUUAAAAAAAAAAUUAAAAACAAAAAUAGCCUCAAAGCACGCCCUGCCCUCCUUCCGCCCUUCAGCACGCAGAGCCAGCUCUCAGUGAACUGAAUCCCUCCCAUAAAUAAGCUGGGUUAUUUAUGUACUGACAAAACUGCAUUUAAAGUUAUACCUAUGACAGAAUAAUGUGCUUGAAAGGACUUCUUAUAGCAUUCCUCCAAGUUUUGUAUUCUCAUGCUUUAAAACAAAAGCUUUUAUGUAAAUAUUGGAUGACGGUUUUUUAGAACUUAAACCCCUUCCCUCCCCGUGAAAUCCCUUAGGUUGUGUAUGUGUGAUGCUAACGUUCUGAGUGGAGAAGGAGAGUUGAAGCCCAAGGUUGAUUUCUUUCAAACCUUUCACCAUAAAAUAAGGACCCAUCUGUGCUCCAUUGGACUCUCUUGCUUCUCUGUAGGCAGUGAGUAUGGGAAAGGUUUAUUUGGUGUUCUUCCUUUGGAUUCUUUGGGGUCAUUUUGCUUUGUGUAAAAAAGUUUGUUUCCGUGCCUUUCUAUAGGCCUGAUGCUAAACUUCUCUCUAGACAGCUCUUGGGUACCUCUUUCCAAAGCCUACUCAGAACAGAGCUGUCCUGUCUGAGGAUGUUGAGAGGACGGGACCCCUUCCUUCACACACAAAAAUGAAAAAAAACCCAUUCUCUGCAAAGCAGUAAUGCAUUCUUCCCCUGAGGCACUAAUCAGUUCCUGUUGUUCUGCCUGAGAACUAAAGCAAUCAGUCUCAGGAACUCCCAUCCUGGAUUGCUCUACUGUACAGAGGCUGGUUCUGCCUGGUUACCCAUCUGUGGCCUUGAGAUUUUGUCCUCAAUUUGUGUAUAUUGCUGAAUGAAGCAGCGAGGCGUGGCGCAUAGGGAGUGGGGUGUGUAGGAAGGGCGCAGCCAUUGUAAUUGUAGUGAUCUAGUCUGAGAUUCUAGAUGCAGUAGGGGAGCCUGCUUUUACCCAUAGGAUGGAAAUAAUGUACCUCAUUUUAAAAAACGAAAACACUGCUGACUGAUUUCCUACGGGGUUUGCUCACUACUUCUGUUCUGCCCUGAAAGACCCUGGAGAUGCCUGCUGUGAAGGUAGACUAUCAGGCCUGUCCUAAGGGAAACAGAACGUACUGUCUCCAAUCAGCUGGCACAUACCUGGUUGCAAAGCACCUGAUUGGUUGCUCCUCACUGAUAGGUGUUAACCAUCUGUCCCUCCCUGAGCAGUAACGUUCUGCCCAUACCUCACAUACUAAGUUUUUCACAUAUCUUUCAUGCCACCUGUGCUUUACAAAUGGUCAAGACUUUUCUGUGUUCUGGGGAAUGUGAUUUUUCUGUACGGUGGAGGCAACGGCUCUAGAGCAGACAAGAAGUGCAUGUUUGGUUUCACCAUGCAUGUGGUACUCCUAGGGGAAUUCUGCACCAAAAAAUAAAAAAUUCUCACAUUAUUAUAAAAUUCUGCAUAUUUUAUUUGUCAAAAUAACAUAAUAUAAUCACAUCCGUUUCAAUAAUUUUGGUAAUUUAUUUCAAAAUACCUAUCAGCAGGUAUGUCUCUAAAAAUACAGAUGAUAGAAAGAUUGAGGAAGUGUGUUUUGACAAAUCGAUUCCUUACUAGGUAUAUAAAUACAGAACUUUGAGUAAUCAUUCAUUUACACUACAAUAUAGAAAGGUAUUUCCUGAACCCCUCAGAAGCAGUGCAAAGGCUUAUGGGAGUCCAGGGAAACAGAGGAGCUGAGGGAGAGGGAAGUAAUUGCUAGGAAGCAGCCUGGAUAUAAACUUGGGGAAUUGUUGGGUGUAAGUGAGAAAAGUAUGUAACGGGGUUUGGGUUUUUUUGUGUGAGGAGGGGGAUUGUUGGGGAGCCUCCCACAUGCAGAUGUAGGCUGACCACUAGCCUCUCUCAAUCAGUCAGGCACAUCUGGCCCUGGCCCCUUAUGUCCCUGCACCCCUACUCAGCCACCUCUUCUCCCCCAUGUGUCCCCGUACCCCCAUCACCCUUCCCCAUCCCUGCACCCCCUCCCCAUCUGAUGUCACUGCAUUCCUCCUCCCAUUCAUCCUCUGCCUCAGUCUGUCCCCCCCCCAGCCCUUUUGAACCCCAAUCUGACCCACCAGCAGCCCUGUGUGCCCCACACUGUCCGUCCCUCUAUAUCCCGUACCUCUUGACCUGGCCCCAUGGGCAGGGCACUGUGAAGAAUGCAGCCUCUUCUCUUCCUUUGCAGGAGCUGAGGCUGCUCCUGCCCUGGAAUGGCACAGCCACAGUGACACCUGCUGCAUGAAAGGCAUAACUGCAGAACUUGUAUUUUCUGCUGAGAAAAAACAUUCUGUGUAGCACAUGAAUUCUGCAUGUGCAUGGUGGCGCAGCAUUCCCCCCCGGAAUAAUGUGUGUGUUCCAUUAACAGCACUGAUCCUACUGCAGGCUGGAAGGGUGGAGAGGAAAAGUAGGCACCAAAGAGUGGAAAUUUGAGUAGUCUUUUUAGCUUCUGGUUGCGUUUUGAAAACUGUCUUGGCUGUGUGCUCACCAUGUGGCUAAAUCAGCUAUCCAAUGUGCAGCUUAUCUGCCUAGGAGAGUGUUCUGCUAGAGGCUGGAAAUGUCUGCUUCCUUGCCCAUGUAGUCUAUGGUACCUAUCAUAGAGAUAGCGGUAAAAUUCUUCCAAAGUAUUCGUUUGUUUUGUCAGGCAAAUGGAUGUUUUCUUCAUGUGUUUUUUGGAAGCGCUUAGGACCUGCUUCAUUAAUCCAGCGCACUCCAGCUUUUCUGUGAUUGUUUUUCCUUUCUUGUGUAACUCAGCAUCCAUGAUCCUUGCUAUUCUGUGUUAUUUUAAAGUAAAAUUUAACCCUUUUAAAUAGAUUACAGGCAGCUGAGGUUUGUCACUUGUUUAAAAUAACCUGAUUGGAGAAGGAUGCUUAUUGGACACUAGGGAGCUUUUCUGGACAUGUAGCCAGCUCUUCCUUUCAACUGUGCUCGGCUCUUAUACUUGGCAAUUACAUUUCAUCAGUGAUUAUACCUGUGACAUUUCAUAGUUCUUAAACAGUCAUCCGAGUGGGGAAAUGAAUUUUUUAACCACUUCCACUUUAAUUGUUAUGCUGAUUAUUUGUCUUUAAUUUCAGUGACUCAGCAACUGUGGUCCAGAGUCUGAUUUUUUUUUUUGUACAGCCACGUACAGGUUUAGUUUCCCUAAAUCAUUUCCGCAUUCAAGUAUGUGUCAUUCAGUCUGUCUGUCACUCUAACCCAGGGUGCUGCAGAGAUUUGCGGAGCUCCCACUGUUUUUUUUCUCCCUACUUCCUGUGUAAUAGAUCCUAGUUUUUCUAGGUUUAAAAACCCUUUUUGUAAAAUUGAAAUACAAUAGGAAUAUUGUAUUUAAAAUUUAGUUUAAAGCAGGACAUAAGUUAUUGUUUAAAUAAAAAAAAAUCCUUAAUUUUUUCCCUGUGUACAUUUUAAAAACAAAAAUCUGUCUCUUAAAUUGUAUGGGAAUAAAACUUGUCCUGAAAAGUUGGAUUAGUACUGCACCCAGCUUAUUUUUCUGGUACUUGUAUUUUCACAUGUAAAAUGAUCUCUAUAUAUGUUGAAUUAACAAAUAUUUUGAGUUCAAGACGAAGAAAAAAAAAUAUUAAUGGUAUUAAAAUGUGUUAGUAGUUCCAGCUAAGUAUGUGCCCAAAACAAGUUUUUUGCAGGAAAAAAAAAGUGAAGAUCUGUAUGUAAAGAAAAGUAUAACGGUUAUUUCUUUGUAUUUUUAGGGGCCUAACAGCUACAUCCUUUAGUUAUUGGUGAUAGAAUAUAUUUCCUUUUAAGCUUCUUUUAAGGACAUUUUUAACAAUUUGUGGUAUUUUCCAGGGCCAAUCCAAUUAGUGCAUGAUAAUGUUUAAAGCUCUGGGCCAAAGAGCCCGUUUUCUGCUGAGUUUAAAAAAAAAAUCAUGUAUUUGCUACAGAGUAUUGUAAUUGUCUCAAUGGGAAUGGUGUAAAAACUUAAAGGCCUUACGUGAUAUGUAUCAUAGUUAAUAAAUCAAUCU